AUGGCCAGGACUCGACCUCAAGACACCCAAGUCCACCGCGACGCUUCCUACCCAAAUCCCGCAGGCCGCCCUGGGUCGGCGAGGACACCGAGGCCCCACGGCCCGGGCCGGGCGGCCGACCCCUUCCAGGACGCGCCAGCGGGGGGCGGGAGCCGGUCAUCGCGGCGACCCCAGGGGCCCCGUUCGGCCCCGGCCCCGCGCGCGGCCCCCAAGACCCCGGCCCCCGCCCCGCCCCCGCCCCGCCCCACCCCACCCGCCGGCACCUCGCGGUCCACUGCGGCCGAGCGCGGUCUCCCGAGGGCCGCGGGAAGGAGGACGCGAGUGGCUGCCGCGCCGGCGCUUCGCUCGGUCCGGGAAGACGCAGCCGAGCACUUCCGCUCCGUGCUGAGCGGCACCGCCUCCCGGGCCUUCAAGAUGGCCUCCGGGGCGGGGCCGAGAGCCUCCAACCAUUUCCGCUUCCGGUGCGGGCGCCCAGGCCGUUGGCGGGGCGGUCGCGUCGGCGGAAGGGACAGGCAAGUGGCGUCCGCCCGUGAUGGGUGCGCGAGCUCCCGCUUGGCGCGCCGAGACCCGCCGGUUCGGCCACUGCGGGACGGUUACGGAGUCUUCGUUUACCCGAAUUCUUUCUUUUGAUAUGAAGGAGAAUGGAGAGGAAGCAGGAAACAUGGUCAGGGCAAACUUCUGCUUAAAGACGGGAGUUACUACGAAGGCGAGUUUGUAGACGGAGAGAUCACGGGAGAGGGCUGCCGGCACUGGGCCCUGACGGGGAACACCUACACCGGACAGUUUGUUUUGGGAGAACCCCAAGGACAUGGCGUCAUGAAGUACAAAGCCGGCGGACGUUACGAAGGGGAGCUCUCCUGCAGCCUGAGAGAAGGACAGGGGCACCUGGUGGACGCAGAUGGACAAGUGUACUGGGGGUCAUUUCACGACAACAAGCGGCACGGCCAAGGGUGGAUGGUCUUCCGGAACGGAGAUGAGUACGAGGGCGACUGGGUCCGGGACCAGCGCCAGGGCCAUGGGACACUGCGCCAUGCGGACGGCUCCAUCUAUCGGGGACAGUGGCACGGUGACGUGUUCAGUGGAGAGGGCAGCGUGGCCCACUGCUCCGGGGGCGUCUACCGAGGGGUGUGGAUCAAUGGCCACCCCGUGACACAAGCCACAGGGAUCGUGAUUUUGGGUCCGGAGGGGAUGGAAGUGGCCCAGGGAUCUUCCUUCACAUUGACCAUCCAGCUGCAGCGGGACGGUAGGGAAGUUGCCACGAGUGAGGACGGCCGGGUGGUGGAGAUCUCCGCGGGCAUCCGAUACACACAGCUCCCAGCCUACUUGGAGGUCAGCUUUUUCAAAGUGGACGAUGGUCACAGAGAGACACCCAUCCAGACCCCGUUCACUGAUGCUUCCCGUCGUGCGAGCGGGUUCACGCAGGACCGUUCCCGGUGAAAGUCUCCCCCCACGGACACAGCUGCAGCAGAGCAUCUCCCCCACGAUGACACUCGCCCUGCCCCCGAGCCUCUCGGACGUGUUGCGGGGAGCCCAGGUCGGCCCAGGGUGGUGAACACGCUGCGUCUGUCUGUCCUCCGUCUGUCCUGUGGUGCACGCUCCAGCCCUGCCGUGAGGAGGUGAGCGGUCAGCCGCCAGUGAGGAAACGGCUUCAACUCGGGGGCCCCGCACCCCGUCAGCAGGAAGGCAGACCCUGGGCUGCAGGCCUGCGGGGCACCCAGUCGGACCUGGGACCCUGGUGGGCAGAGCAAAGCCUCGAAGUGGCCAGAGGGGGACACGGGGCUGCUGGGCUAGGGAAGGA